AUGUCGCAGACAUAUACAAUACCCGAUACUCUUGCGAACUGGCCGUGGAAGCGCAAGAUAAAUCAACACUACGAAGAAGUGAAGAUGGAGUCUGCUUCAUGGGCACGAAGCUUCCAUGCUUUUAGUCCUCAAGCCCAAGAUGCCUUUGAUCGCUGUGACUUCAAGCGCUUGAGAACGGGGUGCGACCUCAUGAACCUCUUCUUCGUCAUAGACGAGCACUCCGACCUAUCCUCCGUUGCCGAUGCCGAAACUCAAGCACAAAUAAUCAUGAAUGCACUCAUGAACCCAGAAAAGCCUCGCCCUCAUGGUGAAUGGGUGGGUGGCGAAGUAGCUCGACAGUAUUGGGAGCUUGCCAUAAAGACCGCGACUCCAAAGUCCCAAAGACGCUUUGUUGCUGCAUUCGAUGACUAUAUGAAUGCCGUCGUGCAGCAAGCCAAGGACCGCACUCAUUCUACGAUACGCGACAUCGAUAGCUACAUGGAGGUUCGCAGAAAAACGAUUGGAGCUUGGCCGUCUUUCGCGUUGCUCGAGCUCGAUAUGGAUCUUCCAGAAGACUUCAUGGACCACCCAGUGAUGCACGAACUUCACGUGCUUUCAAUAAGCAUGAUAUGCCUCGGAAAUGUAAGUGAUAUUGCGCCUUUACCGUCCGAUAUUGUGUCAUGGAAUCUUGAGCAAUCUCGCGGGGACGACACACACAAUAUUGUGAGGAUUGUGAUGAAUCAGUUGGACACUGAUAUCAACGGCGCAAUGGCAUGGGUGGAAAUGUACCACAAGGAGCUGGAGGUAAAGUUCAUGGACAUAUUUACGAAAUCGCAGGAGUGGAACAAGAGCAUGAACAAGGAUAUUUCUCGGUACGUCGAGGGCCUCGGCAACUGGGUUCGUGCUAACGACCAGUGGAGCUUCGAGAGCAAGCGUUAUUUUGGAGAUAGAGGCCUAGAGAUAAUGUCAAAGAGGACGGUAUCAAUGAUGCCAAAGAGAAAUGAUGUUUUGAACGGAACGCAACUUGACAUUGGGCCCGUUAUUGUCGAUGGGUCCAUUCUGUAA